AUGUUGAGCGGAAUUCUGGGGUGGUUUUUCCUCCUUUUCGAGCCCCUCGCCGACAACUACGUCCCUCUCAUCCAACCCCAAGAGCGCCUUCUACCCAAAAACCAACCAUGGGGACAAAUCAUCACAGGCGUGUAUGGUCGGCCCCCAUUGUUAAAGAUCCAUGACCGCAAUGGGCUAGUCAGUUGGAGUUUCCACCGUAAGGACGUUAAGCAGGACCUUCCACCGGACAUGCAUAAAUGUCUUUACGCCAGGGCCAACGACGCCACAGAAGUCAAAUGGAUGAAUAACGGCACCAGUGUCGGAGCCGUCUAUAGUGAUCUCGCCCUCGUCAUCAACCACACCCCGGACAACCCCGCCACCGACAAACUGAUCACUUUUGCACUUUGUAGAAGAAACGAUUUUCUCUGGAAUGCACACACCCUCGAGCCGCUACCGGGCCAUCGUCUCGCGGUGGGGACAACUCGCCAGCGACCCUGGGAUGGGAUCCUCGUUUAUAAUGCCAGUGCCUCUCAGCCUUUGAUGGCCAACCCUCCCAUCCUCCAAAACAUUACUGGUCUCCGCGCCAUCCACGGGUUGAUCUGGGACGAGCAGGGUCAAAUGCUCUGGGCUGCUGGGACAGAUGCUGCGGCCGAUGGCUCCGAUCCGGUGCCGGCAUACGGCACCAUCAUCGGAUACCCGUGGAAUAACGAUACCGGUCUGCUUGAGAAGGAUGAUCGCUUCAUCUAUAAGCUAGACGAAGCCAAUCGGAUUGAAGCAGAAUGGGGCAAGGGAUACUCCUGGUGGGCCGGUUUACACGACCUGGUACCUGUUCCUGGAGAGCGGAAGUUCCUUGUUUCCGAGGAUCGUGGUCUCCAUGAAUUUGACAUCGAGAAGGGUGAAUACACAGCGCACUAUGAGGAGGUCACCGAUAAGUAUAUGCCAGGGUUUGAGGUCACUACCAAUGACCGCCAUGGCUACACGAAUGACACAUGGGAGGAAUUGCCGCAGUCCGACUUGAAAAGCUUCAAUUUGGCCCCCGAUGGGAGUUAUAUAUAUGUUCAAUCGCUGUGGACCAAAUUUCGUGGCUUCCAUGUAAGCUUGGUGGUCGAUGGGUUGCGUCGCAAAAUCAAUAUCGGUGAUGAAAUAUACCGGUCACGGUGGUUUGGAAAUAUUGAUGGCUGGCCGAAACCUUAG